UUGUCUUGCUCUCUCCCCGGACAAUCCAAGACGUACUUCUGUCUGUCUAUAAAAACCGAAAACAUAUAUUCAGGAAACCGUGAGUGACACUUUAGAUUGUAAGCAAGAUGAAGUGCUACUACUGUGAUCAUGAGCUUGUGCGGGCUUUGUCACUUGUUUUCGUAUGUUUAUUGCUAUCACUGCUAAGCAUUAAGAAGGUUGACGCGUCGCACCAGGUUUAUCCGGAAUAUCAAACUCUACCUGCUGUGAAGGUGAAGCAAUUGGAACACAGAACCGGCUAUCAUUUUCAGCCUCAAAAGCAUUGGAUCAACGAUCCGAAUGGGCCGAUGUAUUACAAUGGAAUUUAUCAUCUCUUCUACCAGCAUAACCCUUAUGGUGCGGUCUGGGGCAACAUAGUAUGGGGCCAUUCAGUGUCAAUGGACUUGAUUAAUUGGAAAGCAUUAAAGCCCGCAAUAAAGCCCACAAAACCAUAUGACAAACACGGUUGUUGGUCCGGCUCAGCCACGAUCCUUCCAGGCAACAAGCCCGUUAUCCUCUAUACUGGGGUAGUAGAUGAGAACCAGACACAGGUCCAAAACUAUGUACUACCUGCCAACAUAUCCGAUCCAUAUCUUGAAGAGUGGAUCAAGCCCGACGACAACCCGUUAGUCGUUGCUGAACCGGGCGUUAACAGGACAGCUUUCCGCGACCCAACAACCGCGUGGAUGGGACGGGAUGGCCACUGGAGAAUCCUGAUCGGUAGCAGGAGAAAACACACGGGGAUUGCCUAUUUGUACAAAAGCAAGGAUUUUAUCAAGUGGGUUAAAGCUAAACAUCCGUUGCAUUCAAAGGAUAGAACUGGGAAUUGGGAGUGCCCCGAUUUUUUCCCGGUUGCGAGGGAAGGAAAAAAGGGACUGGACAAUUCAAUGAUUGAAGAACAAAACGUUAAAUUUGUGUUAAAAGUUAGCCUUGAUACCACCAGAUACGAUUAUUAUACGGUCGGUAAAUACUUUCCCGAGAUCGACAGGUACAUACCUGAUAAUACUUCCGUGGAUGGCUGGAAAGGAUUAAGAUAUGACUGUGGAAAUUUUUAUGCUUCCAAGAGUUUCUUCGAUGCCAGCAAGAAUAGAAGGAUCCUGUGGGGUUGGUCCAAUGAAUCGGACACCAAAAUGGACGAUGUUGAAAAAGGAUGGGCUGGAAUUCAGACUAUUCCACGUAGAAUAUGGUUGCAUCCUAAUGGAAAGCAACUGUUGGCCUGGCCUAUUGAAGAAGUGGAAAGUCUUAGAGGACACAAGGUUCAGUUGAGGAACGAAAAUAUGAAGAAGGGAGACGUUGUUGAGAUCAAAGGAAUAACAGCUGCACAGGCUGACGUUGAAGUAGUGUUCUCGUUUCCAAGUUUGGACAAAGCGGAGCGGUUGCACCCUAGUUUGGACCACCUUGAUGCUCAUGAGCUUUGCAGUCGAAAGGGCUCAAGUGUCCAUGGAGGACUGGGGCCGUUUGGUCUUUUAACGCUAGCUUCAGGAAAGCUAGAUGAAUACACUCCAGUCUUCGUUAGGGUAUUUAAGGCCAAGAACAAACACAAGAUUCUGCUUUGCUCUGAUGCUUCAAGCUCCUCCCUAAAGAAAGGGUUGUACAAGCCCUCAUUUGCAGGCUUCUUAGACGUAGAUUUGGCAAAGAAGAAGCUUUCUCUCAGGAGCCUGAUUGAUCAUUCUGUGGUGGAGAGCUUUGGCGCCGGAGGCGAAGUGUGCAUUACAUCUAGGGUAUAUCCUGCUUUGGCAGUCUCCGACAAUGCCCAUUUGUAUGCAUUCAAUAAUGGCAGCGAGACAGUUGCUAUUGAGACGUUGGACGCUUGGAGCAUGAAGGGACCUAAAUUGAUGAACUAAUCCAAUACGACAUGCAUGGACCUCAUUUUUCCAACUUCAUAUAUUAUGUACUGCCUAAUGUAUUUGACGUACUUUAGCUAGUCAGCGGUUGAUGUUUGUUUGGAUGGACAUUGAAAUUUAUGACUAUAACGAUCGUCUCACGGUCAAUUGCAUUACAUCUAGGGUUUAUCCUACUUUGGCAGUCUCCGACAAUGUCCAUUUGUAUGCAUUCAAUAAUGACAGCAAGACAGUUGCUAUUGAGACGUUGGACGCUUGGAGCAUAAAGGGACCUCAUUUUUCCAACUUCA